AAUUAAAAAAAAAGGAAAAAAGAAUUAGAAAAAAAAGGAAGGACAGGUUUCUUUCUUCUAUCCCAUUCUUGGAGAGAGAUUUCCGUAGAUCUUUAGUACUAGAAGCCAUUGAUAAAUCCAACUUGUAAAGUCUAGGAUUAAGAAAGGGAUUAUACUCUGACUCUGAUGGCUACAGAUCGGAUCAGCAAUCUGCCAGAUGAAAUUCUCGGCAAAAUCCUGUCUUUAAUUCCGACCAAACUUGCUGCUUCGACCGCGGUUCUGUCCAAGAGGUGGAUGAAUUUGCUUCCUCUUGUAGACAGCCUUGAUUUUGAUGAAUCGAUGCUUCUAUAUCCCGACAGAAAAGACGGAGAAGAAGAACCAACAAGUAUUGAAAGUCGUCGUCGACGACGACAUCGCUUCUCUGAUUUCGUGGACAAAACACUUGAUCUGUUAAGCAAUUCUACCAUCAAGAAAUUCUCUCUAAUAUGUGAUUAUGAGGAUGACGAAUCUCGUGUCAAUUGUUGGAUUCGCACUGCUCUGGGACGGGGCAGCGUAGAGCUAAACUUAAAGUCAAAUUUCAGUAUCGGUAUAGAUUCUGAGUUUUUCACAAGCAACACACUGGUUAAGCUCACAAUAACCGAUAAAUUUUGUCUUGAAGGUCGUCGUCUUCCUCUUGGAGGAGUGUUUUUCCCUGCGCUCAAAACACUUACACUUGUUUCAGUUGCCUUUAUAUCUCCUAAAAUGCAUCAGCUCUUCAUCGAGGGCUGCCCUGCCUUAGAAGAUUUAUUCAUAUGUGUUUGGACGGGCUACUUGUCGACUCCAUACGUCAAGCGAUUAACUAUCACUAGUGAUUUUGAUGACGAUUUCGAACUCCGUGGCCUUACUCUUAAGACAAAGAGUUUGGUGUACCUUGACUACUCUAGUUACGUUGCGGCACAUUAUUUUGUUGAUUUGGAUUCGCUUGUCGAAGCUAGACUAGAUCUUCGAUUAUAUGGGUUAGAUGAUGAUGGUUGUCCAGAUUUCAAUGAAAUCUGUGGCGAUAUUUCAACUCUGAUUGAAGGUAUGAAAAACAUUAAGAGCCUUCAAUUGUCUGCUGAUUCUCUAGAGGUGUUUCACUUUUGUUGUGACUCCAUGCCCGUGCUCAACAACCUACUUACUUUAUCUAUCGAAAGUGACGAGGAAAAAGGCUGGGAAGUAAUCCCACGCCUGCUCCAUAACUCCCCAAAUCUACAAACUUUAGUCAUUAAGGGUCUUGUGCACAGAGUCACAGAGUGGUGUGGAAAUGCGUGCCCUUAUCCAAAACUCGGAAAUGGUAUGCUGUUUGUCGAGGUGUCAAGUGAAGGAAGCCUUGGAGAGUUACAACAAAUGAGACAUUUCUUUGGGAAGUUGGAAUGUCUUGAAACUGUGAAAGUUGGCUUUGAAGAAAGCACCUUCAACAAUAAAUACAUGCGAGCUAUUCUAAUGGCUAUCCCCAGAGUUUCAUCAAAAUGCAUCAUCCAAUUUAUCUGAUUUUUUUCUCUUUUUUAUAACUUUUUGUGCUGAGAUUUGAUGGCAUGAGAGUAUGGAUUAUAUAAUAAGUUAUAUGGCAGUUUCGAAUUUAUAAAAUUUGUUUUUGCAAAAGCAUAUUAUAUGCAUGCUUCUC